AUGCCAAAAAUUCUGGAUAGUGACAUCGACUCACCUAUUGCAAACCUGAUCAAGCGCAGCGGGACCAGUAGUAGCAGCAACUGCAGCAACAGCAGCAGCAACAGCAAGCAGAGUGUGCACUUCACCAACGACACCAACACGACCGGUGAGAAGUCGGACGGCCCGUUCGAUGCGCUCGGUGGCCAUCACCAUGGCGGCGGCGGCGGCGGCGGUAACUCCAACUCGUCGUCCGCGUCCUUCUUCUCGUCGGCGUACGGCGACGCCAAGGACGGGUCGAACGAGGGUGGCGGUGGCGGUGGCUAUGCAAGCGUGGCACCCCAGCCACCAGCAUCGGCGGUGGCGUCGGCGGGCGGUCAGCAGGUUGCGUCCGGUUCCGGUGCAUUCUUCCAAUCAACUUCCAACGCCUCGACCACGAUCAGCACAACCAGCAGCACGACCGCCGCUACGAGCACCCUCGGCGGUGGAGGAGGUGGUGGUAGCAGCGGCCGGGGGAGCCAGCGGCCAUCGGAGAAGGCGGGCGAGUCGUCCCGAGCCAAGAAGUACCGCCACCAGCAGUUCAGCAAGAACAUCUACAUCGGCACGAAGAACGCGGAAAAGUGGGACACGCUGCGCAACGUGCUGCUGUUCAAGAACGAUGUAGAGUUCGUGUCCUUUUUGCUGAAGCUGGCUGAGAGCAACUGCUGGAAGAAGGAGUUACUGAAUGGCUUUCAUGACGACACAAUGGCACAACCAAAGACUUCGGCGACCGGCGGCAAAGGCGUGCGAUCGAAAGCCGGUGGCAGAACAAAGCAGCAGCAGCAGCAGCAGGCAGCACCAACACCCCAUCAACCGCUCGACCACGACCAGCAGCACGAGCAGCAGGUGUUGAAGCCACUGCUGCACCAGCGGCAGCAGUCGCUUCACUCGUCGAAGCGAAGCUCCAAGCCGGCGGCCGCCGAGAAGAAAACCAAAAGAGUACAAUUUAAUAAAAAUGUAAAUAUUAUCCAUAAGGUGGACGAUGGCGGUGCCGGCGCAACGCCGCUAGCCUAUCGGGAGCGAGGGCUGGGGCGGCGGGGAACGGGUGGUGGCGCUGGCGACGAGUACGGUGGGGAGACGAUGGCGGACGAUGACGGGGGCGAGGAUGAGGAGGAAGGCGAGGAGGAGGAUGUGGAGGAGGACGACGAGGAGGAGGAGGACGAGGAGGACGAGGAGGGCGUAGCGGACGGGGUCGGGAAAAAGGCCGGGGUGGUGGUAGUCCCGCUGUGCACUGAGCUGCUGCCCGGAGCGGCGGCGGCGGCGGCGGCGGCGGCAGCGGACACCGAGUUGAGCGUUGGCAGCCACGCGUCCUACCUGAUGGAGGACAUCGUCAAGAAGACGCUGCGCAAGGUACCGACACCGGGGCCGACAGCAGGGCUGCCCCAAACGCAGCCACCGCAGCAGAGCAACGAGGUGCAGCAGGACUCGAUCAGCAGCACCAUGGGCUCGGUGUCGGAGGACUCGCUCAACACGGAGACGGAGGUGCUCGACUACCGCAUCGCGGAGAAGAUCAAGACCGAGCUGGAGGAGAAGCAGAAGCUCGAGCGACGGUCGCUCAACUCGGAGGAGCUGCCAACCACGUCAAACUUCUUCGAGCAGGGCGACCUGGAGGUUGGCGGGGCGCCACCGGACGAGAAGCCACCGGUUCCACUCGGCGCGGCCAAGAAGGGACAUGUGGCAGCUCGAGGAGCGGCCGGUGACGCAGGUCCCUAUCCCGCCGGGGUGCGAAAACGAGGUAAGCGAGCUCACGCAGCGGGUGAUGGAGGCCGCUCGGUCGACCUACACAUCGAGUACGAGGAGCAGGAGUACCGGCCCGUCGGGCGGGGAGCUUCAGGUGAACCGCCGGAGAAGGCGGGCUUUGGCGGACCGGACGGAGGUACGCAGCUGUCGCUUCACCAUCCAUCGACACACCAAGCGCCGGUCCAGCGGCGGGCGAAGGGAGCGGGCGUAGCGAAGAACAAGGUGUGUACCGGGUGCAACGUCAAGCACGGUCUCGAUCUGUGCCCGCUGAACGCGCCGCUACUUACGAUCAAUAACAAAAUCGAGCUUAACCAGUGGUUGGAACAGAAUGAGGAGUUGAUCAAGAAGCACAAGCUGUUCCUCAAGCCGACCGGCAACCCGGACGAUAUGGACGACGAGAUGGACGAGAACUACGACGAUGACGACGACGACGACGGGGAUGACGAAGACGACGACGACGAGGAGGGCGGAGGUGACGGUAGUCGGUGCAAUGCGAAGAUCGAGCUGUCACCCUCGUUCUCGGAGCUGUCCAUACCGCCCGAGUUCGAGCUGCGCCCCUGUCCCCAGUCGAUCUCCAACGGUGCCAUCAGCAGUACAACGCACACCGAGCAGCAGCAGCUGCUCCAGCAGCCGCAACAGCAUGACAGCAUGCUACUGCUGCAGGAGCAGCAUCACGAACAGAGCGACACCCUGCUCGACUCCAAACCAUCUCUCGCACCUCCAUUAUCGUCGUCGACAUCCGGGCUGGGUGGGCUGGCGGCGGGGGCGACGGUGGCGACCGGGGCGGAUUCUGACACGCUCCCCAAAAGCCGAACCACUGCCGGGCACGGUCUUAGCAUCUAUACCACCACCUUCAUAUCCAAGUAUACGAAAAUUGGCCCGCUGACGGGGCAGGUGGUGCGCGAGACGGAAAUACAGGACGACAGCACCAUGCGCUUCAUCUUCGAGACGUUCGAUGGCUCCAAGUCGACCUACACCAGCACGGAGAACAAGAACCUCUCCAACUGGUUGCGCUACAUCCGGCCGGCGCGGACUCGCGACCAGAAGAACUGCGUCCUGCAGGUGUACGAUGGGAGCAUCUUCUUUACCACCAGCAGAGACCUGGAGCCCGGUACGGAGCUGUUGUACUGGAGCGACGACAGUAACUCGGCUUGGGGCAAAAAGAAGAUGGAAAAGACCAAUUGUGGUGGUUGUAAUUUGAAGUUUGAUCACCCGAUCUACUACCGGACGCACUGUUCCGUGUUUCAUGAUCCCGGGUUCAGCCUGACGAUUCGUAAGUACCACUGCAAGGUGUGCGGCGUGGCAGUGCUGGGCAAGGAGAACAUCAUGAAACAUGCUGAGAAACUGCACGAUGGCAAGGGUGCAUACCAGUGUCAAUUUUGUCAGAAGUUCUUCCUGCGGCUAAACUACCUGGAAAUGCAUCGAACGUACGGCUGCAGUGCCAACCCGCAGCGGACGCGCCCCCUCUGCGACUUUUGCGGCCGGAAGUUCUGCCAGCCGCAGAAGCUGAAGGUGCACAUCAAGCGCAUGCACAGCGACAUGGCGGACGUGCUGCGGGACUUCCAGUGCAAGCUGUGCUCAAAGCUGCUCGGGUCUCGGGCAGCACUGCAGCGGCACUCGAAGGAGGUGCACAGUCGCAACUCAGCCGUGGUCAGCUGCCCACGGUGCCAGAAGCUGUUUCAGAAUCGGUCUAAUCUUAAAAUUCACAUGCUCACCCAUUCGGGCGUGCGACCCUUUAAGUGCGCUGAAAAUGAAUGCACGGCUGCUUUUACCACCAAACAGUGUCUGCAGUUUCACUACAAGAAGGUCCACGGCUAUACCCAGGAACAGAUGCCAAAGAUCGAACGAAGUGUGGCCUAUACUUUCGAUGCCUACUCUGGCGGUUUGAACGAUGGCAUGAUCGACGAAGUGCAGCGUCGCCAGCGGCACAAAUCGUCCGCAUCAGAGGACGGGGCGUACGGUAGUGAAAAGGUCGAAAGGAAGAAGCGUUCCCGCCAUCACCUGAACCACUUCGACGAGCUCCAUCAGGCACAGUUUCAGGCACAAUUGGAGUUGCCACAGCAUACUCCGGACCAGUCACAGAGCGUCACUCAAGAGCCCACUGAGCAACCGAAAAAGACCCCGCAGCACCUACAAUCACCCCAGCUGGACUAUCCAAACACCCCGCCAUCUCAACAACGUCUUUCGAUGACGCACCAAUCAACCGCACAGCAGCACCAGCUGGGCCAGGUGCUGCAUGAUCCGGACGGGUUGUCGAAGGAUGUCGAGUUGCAGCAGCAGAAGUUGUUGCGACAGCAUCUGGCAGCCCACCAACCGGACGGACAUCUUGACACGGAUACCGAACCGGGUAUCGGUGAACAGCAUCCGAACCAUCAACAUGAUCUCCACUCCAACCAUGAGCACUCACCAUUGGAGAAUGCACAGGCAGCGAUGCACAAGGGUGAGCACGACGAGCAGUCGCUGCACCACCACCACCAUCACCACCUGCACCAUCAGAAUCAGCCACAGCUGGCCCGUCUACCAUCGCCGUUCUCCAACAAUCUGCUGAAGACAAAGAAUAUACUGGAAUCGUUCAACGAUCUCUGCCGGAACGAAAGCAACCUAUCACUCCUGUCCACUAAGAUCACCUCCAUACUGAAUAACAACCUGAAAGACAUGGCGAAGGUGGCGGGAAUCGGGUCCACGGUGAGCAGCAACGGUGGCAGUGUGGAAGACAUACGGAAGAGCAUCAUGGACCAGCAGGGCCAUAUAGAGGAGGGCCGAGGCGACGGCCGGCUGGACGAUAUGCAACACCUUGUUGCGCCACUCGCGGAUGAACAGACGAAGGCGAACUCAGGCAGUCUGAACGUCGGGCAGCUUCACCGGCAGCUAAACAUAUCAAACCAACUAGAUGUCAACGCAUCUGCCGGAUCCCUACAGUACAAAGCGCACAGCAACGACGAAGGACUGAAGGGUGUUGGCGAGGUGGACGACGGCUUUGUCGAUAUGGCGUCAUUGGCGAACAGUCUGAAGUACAAGGAGUACAUCAACGGUGGGGCCAACACUGGCCUGGUGAUAAGCAAGGGUAGCAAGAAGUGGAUCAGCGAUUCAGACCAGCUCCCCAGUGACGGGCAGCAGGGAGAACAGGCGGGCGUGAUGCUCAGCACCGUUACGAGUCGAGAUUUUCUCACCAAGCUGAUCAUGAAUGGUAACGUGAACACGCCACCACCGAAUGUGGCCGACGAUGAGGAAGAAGACGACGAUAACUCGACCAUUCUGGAUGUGGUAGACUCGAACAACCAAAACCAGCAGCAACAACAGCAACAGCAGCAACAGCAACAACAGCAACAACAAAACACACACAGUCAGAUCCAACAGUAUACAUCCAACUUCACGGGGCUUAACCUGCCGGAUCUGCCUUCGUUCCAGAGUCACGCAUUUCAGGGACAUUUCAACCAUCAGACGUUGCUAGGUUCGUUUUACAACGGAUCGAAUGCGGCGGUCGGGCGCAACUCUAUCAACACGAUACCGACGUCGGCGAGCAUGCUGGUCGAGGCAGCACUGAACUCGGUCAGCAACAUCAUAACCGAGGCGGAGAUUAGCACAAACAACCAGGGCCAGGGUUUGCACCUCAGCCACAUUGACCCCGGUAGUGGCGCCGACACAGACAACAACCUGUCGGCAAACUCGGCAUUCAGUGCGGGCAACAUCGACGAGUCGGUGGAAGAGAUGAAGCUGCUAAAGUCGCACCACUUCUCAAUGCAGAUCAACUCCAUUUCGGCACAGUACUCGGCUCAGUCGCCCGCCGAUGCGGAAAUCAUUUCGAUACGUGGAGCGGGCACUGGCACUGGUACCUCCAACACCGCGCCAGUUGGUCGACCCAAGUCGCGCGAGAAGAUAGCCAUUUACGAGGAGAACGAGAUGCUCAGCUAUGAGACACCACACAUCAGCCAGCAACAGCAGGGAAAUCAGCAGAAGCACCUGUCCUCGAGUGUCGACUCAGUACGCAGUGCACUAUCACCGGAGCAAUCUGGCGAUUUCAGCUACUCCGCUAGUGCAGCUGCCGCGGUCGUUGCCUCCGGUAGACAGCAGCAUCUCGCCUCCGGCUCGCCAGUGCGCUCUAGCUCACGUCAGAUAUACGCCGAGCACGAUCUGAUCUCGCCCGCCUCGACUCCCUCACUACCCCGGUACGACUUUGGUACGACCGACAACAACUACGGUGGAACGCGCCGGCAAGACGCCAACAAAACCAUCAGCUCGCUCACGCUCGACACGUUCGACUCGAACCUGAAGGGAGCGCAGCACCACAUGCAGCACCACCUGUCGAGCGACGAGGACAACAGCAUCGUCAUUGCGGAAAAUCUGUCCGUUGGUGCGGCGCAGGCGGAAGAGAAGCUGAAGCUGGCUGCUUCCAGUAGCAGCGCCGCUAGCAGUGGCAGUGGCGCACCAGAGUUCAUCCAGCAUCCGAAGUACGGCGACAACAAUGGACGCACGGCAAUCGUGGGCUCUAGCCUGCCCGGUACCGCCGACAUGCGCAUCAAGUACGGCAACGACAGCACCGUCGACAUGGUGGACUUUCAGCAGCGCAACAGCAUCGGCGACUCGUCCGACUUCCAGGGGUUGGAUAUGUCGUCCCGCACCUCGGUUGCGGCCUACCACCAUUCGAACUUCCAGCUGUCCGUGCAGCCCGGUAGCAAUGUACACUUUAACCGCUACCAUCACCAUAUCUACGACAUACUGAGCGAGCGCGACCAGCAGCAACAGCCUCAGCAGCAGCAGCAACAACAGCAGCAGCAACAACAACAACAGCAACAGCAGCAACAGCAGCAGCAGCAGCAACAGCAGCAGCAGCAGCAGCAGCAACAACAACAACAGCAACAAUCUCAGCAGCACCAUCAUCAGCAGCCACACCACCAACAUCAGCAACAGCACCAUCACCAUCAACAUCAGCCACAGCAACAGCAGCAGCAACAGCAGCAGCAGCAACAAUCACAACAGCAGCAGCAAGAAUCAUUUCAACUGGAGCAAAGCCAGCUGCAGCAUCUUGUGCAGCAGGACCAUGUCCAGGACUCGGACGCCGACCAAUCCGUGACGGUGGAUCUGAGCCGCAGCUCGAACUAUCUGGUGCAGUCUCCACCCACGCCGGCCAUCUCCUACAGCGCCCACCACCACCCGGACAUGAUCCGCAUGGUGUCGCUGGAUCUCAGCUCCAACACCGGCUCGCACCACUCGGUGAAUAACGGCUCGCACCAUGCGUCGCGCCACGCCUCCUUCAUAUCCUCCCAGAUACAGCCGGGCGAUCACCAUCGCCUGCUCGCCAGUGAUCAGCUGUCCGUCACCAAUCACCGGCUGCUGGUGAGCGACCCGGCCACCCAUCUCAUCUUCGAGCAGAACAACCGGCUGCUGUCGGACGCGACCGGCCAACCGGCACCACCGCCACCACCACCCGCCCCACGGCACGUCGUGUCGCCUACGCGCGGUUUCGGAGCCUACCAUCACCAUCACCAUCACCACCAUCACCACCAGGUCAGCUCGUCCAACUACCAUCAUCCGAUGAAGCAGAACAUCGCCUCGCCACCGAUCAACCAGCACGGCUCCUCGGCCGCCGCAUACCAUCCAUUCCCAACCUACUACUGA